CACGCCCCGCCGGGGGCGCUGCGCGACGGGGGCGGGUGCCUGGAGCGCGGCGCUGGGGCCGCCCGCUGCGCUCACUCGCUCGCACUCGCUCGCACUCACUCGCGGGAGGCUUCCCCGCGCCGGCGGCGUCCCGCCCGCUCCCCGGCACCAGAAGUUCCUCUGCAGGUCUAACGGCGACAUGGGCGUCCCCACGGCCCCGGAGGCCGGCUGCUGGCGCUGGGGAUCCCUGCUCUUCGCCCUCUUCCUGGCUGCGUCCCUAGGUCCGGUGGCAGCCUUCAAGGUCGCCACGCUGUAUUCCCUGUACGUCUGUCCCGAGGGGCAGAACGUCACCCUCACCUGCAGGUUCUUCGGCCCUGUGGACAAAGGGCAUGAUGUGACCUUCUACAAGACGUGGUACCGCAGCUCGAGGGGCGAGGUGCAGACCUGCUCAGAGCGCCGGCCCAUCCGCAACCUCACGUUCCAGGACCUUCACCUGCACCAUGGAGGCCACCAGGCUGCCAACACCAGCCACGACCUGGCCCAGCGCCACGGGCUGGAGUCGGCCUCCGACCACCAUGGCAACUUCUCCAUCACCAUGCGCAACCUGACCCUGCUGGACAGCGGCCUCUACUGCUGCCUUGUGGUGGAGAUCAGGCACCACCACUCGGAGCACAGGGUCCACGGUGCCAUGGAGCUGCAGGUGCAGACAGGCAAAGAUGCACCAUCCAGCUGCGUGGCAUACCCAUCCUCCUCCCAGGAGAGUGAAAGUAAGGGACCAUCCUCUUGCCCCUUCUGGGUUAUCUGUUCUCUUCUGUCCUCAUCCUGCACCCAGACCCUGUUUGGAACUCUGGCCUUGUCACCCCAAGCCCACAGAAACCCCAGUCCUCCUCCUCCUCUGCUGCUGCACAUCCUUUCUGCUUCCUCCUUGGUGCAGCCCCCAGAAGCCCACUCGCCUUCCAUCUGCUCUGGAGUCUCUGCUCCUCUUGCCUCUCUGGAGUGGCUGUGCCUUGGCAGUCACCUUUGGCUGGGGAAAGUGCCUCAUGACAGGUCCUGGGUGCCUCAGGCAGCUAAGUGCUGCCCUUCCCACCAGCCCCCUAUGACUUCGGAAGGCUGGGGGUCUAGAAUUCAACUACUUCAGAUUUCUGUGUUCUGUGUUUCUGUGUUCCUCAGAUGUUCUCUGUUGUAGGGGAGGGAGGAGGAAGAGGCUCAGGAAGGGGAACAGAACUACCUUUCCUGAGUUCCCACUGUGUGCUGGGCACUGGACUAAGUAUUACUACUUCAGGGAUAU